GGUCAGCGUCGUGGGCCGUAUUUGCAUUUGUGACGGGCCGCGGGUUGAGAACCACUGUGCUAAUAGUACAGCAUAUACAAGUGAACUACAUUUCCGAUAAUGCAGUUUGAUUUUCUCAAAGCUGAUUGGCUGAACAGAGUCUGACCUCUCUCUGGGCCACGCCUGCUGUGGGCUGUCGCGAGUUGACGCAUGCGCAUGAGCGAGUUGAGGCUUCAGAGUUGGAGCUGGAACUGUGUGUGUAUGUGUGUGUGCGAUGGCCUUUUCUAGCGGCCAGUGUGGCCGGGUUUUCUGCACUAGCGCCCUGCUUCCUCUCCGGAGAGUGCAGGUGUCCUCCAGAGCCCAGGUGUGGAAGCAGUAUUCCGGGGCGACUCGGGGAGAACAUCAGAUUAAACCUGCACAGGCGAGUUCUGCAGCUUCCAGCGUGAACCUCACACACCAAAGCCAGCAGGAAUUAACUAUAGCAGGCAGUCAGAGGCGGGUUUUAAAGGACGUUUUACCUUUCUCGGCGUUCCUCACCGACACGUUUGGAAGAAGACACAAUUAUCUGCGGAUUUCCCUUACAGAAAAAUGCAACCUCCGCUGUCAGUACUGUAUGCCAGAGGAAGGGGUGAAGCUGAGUCCAAAAGAACAGCUCUUAUCUACAGAGGAGGUGCUGACUCUGGCUCGACUGUUUGUGCGAGAGGGGGUGGAGAAGAUCCGCCUGACUGGAGGAGAACCCCUUAUCCGCCCUGACGUCCUCCAUAUCAUUGCGGAAAUGAGGAAAUUGGAGGGUCUGAAGACCAUCGCUGUCACUACUAAUGGCAUGAACCUUGCCAGGCUGCUGCCCAAUUUAAAGAAAGCUGGAGUGAACUUGCUCAACAUCAGUCUAGACUCAUUAGUGCCAGCCAAGUUCGAGUUCAUCGUUAGACGCAAAGGUUUCCAUAAGGUGAUGGAAGGUAUUGAUAAGGCCAUUGAAUUGGGUUACAAUCCAGUUAAGGUGAACUGCGUGGUGAUGAGGGGCCUGAAUGAAGACGAGCUGCUGGAUUUUGUGACUCUGACCGAGAGGAAGCCUCUAGAUGUGCGCUUCAUAGAGUACAUGCCCUUUGAUGGCAAUAAGUGGAACUUCAGGAAGAUGGUGAGUUAUGCAGAGAUGCUGGACCGCAUUAAGCAGCAAUGGCCCAAUCUGGAGACGCUUCCUGGGGACGGGACGGGGACCGCCAAGGCUUUCAGAGUACCAGGAUUUCAGGGCCAGCUGGGUUUCAUCACCUCCAUGUCAGAUCAUUUCUGUGGCUCCUGCAACCGUCUGCGCAUCACAGCCGAUGGCAACCUGAAGGUAUGUUUGUUCGGAAACUCUGAGGUGUCUUUGAGAGACUGUCUGCGCUCUGGAGCAUCUGAUGAGGAACUUCUGCAGAUAAUAGGAGCUGCAGUGGGGCGGAAGAAGAAACAGCAUGCUGGCAUGUUCAAUAUAUCCCAGAUGAAGAACAGGCCAAUGAUCCUCAUUGCUAGAGAAGGCAGCCGGCCUGUGCCCAUGUUGAGAAGUGAGCAGAGGAGGUAUCCGGUCCCUACUUUCCACACACCUCUGCCAGGCCGAGCAUUGCCACACUUUGAGAAACCUCACUACCUACACCACAGCGGCCAGGCUAGUGAGGAAUUAAGCAACAGCACUUUUACCAUGAAUGCACCAGCUUCUACAAACUCUGGCAUCUCUUAUGAAAGUGAGACGCCACAAAAUGUUUACCAUGUCCAUCAGGUUUUCCCUGAGGAAUUUUGUAGUAAUGCAAUUCCUGAUUUUGAGUAUGCUUCCAGUUAUGAAACACGCACAGAUAGGUUUGCACGGCUGAGACACGCACACAGACCUGUUGGCUAUCUCAGGCACAACUCGCUAAGGGACAUCCAGUCUUUCUUCACAUCUCUUCUUAGCACUUUAAUCCCCAAACAGAAACACAUAAUGCAGCUGAAUGUAAGGGAAUGCCACAACCAAAAGGAUGCUUGCGAAAGCUUUAGUGUAUCACGUCACACCCCAAACCAAGAUGAAACGUCUGACAAGCUGACCCACACUGACGCGCAUGGCAGAGCCUCGAUGGUGAACGUCGGCGAUAAAGCAGUGACGCGGCGAACUGCCACAGCAAGUGCACGCAUUCUUCUAGGCUCCAAAGCUUUCAGCCUGGUCCGUGCCAACCAGAUAGCUAAGGGUGAUGCUUUGGCGGUCGCGCAGCUAGCGGGCAUCAUGGGCGCUAAGCAGACAUCUGGUCUCAUUCCUCUGUGCCACCCUGUAUCCCUCGACCACACCUCCAUCACUGUGGAGCUACUGGAAGAAGGGCAUGUGGCUGUUGUCUUGGCAACAUGCCAGGCAACAGGCCGCACUGGAGUGGAGAUGGAGGCUCUGACUGCGGCAUCAGUCGCUGCCCUGGCGCUCUAUGACAUGUGUAAAGCAGUCAGUCGUGAUAUAGUUAUAACUGACAUCAGACUUCUGAGUAAGACAGGAGGACAACGGGGUGAUUUUCAUCGCACCAGCUAAUACAGAUCAUCCAUAAAUAUAAUGUAGCUAUAUCAAUCUGACGCAUUCACCCAUAACAAAGCUCUUACAAAUCUUUAUUGUGCCUUUAGAAUUCUUUAAUAUUGUAUUCAUACACUUUGUAGUGUUCAUUGCCUUUGUAGCAGAAAAACUAAACUAUAUCCUGACUCAAUUUUUCCGUAUUUUUUGAGAGUAACGUUUGAAAGACAUUUGUGAAGUCUUGAUGAGUGUUAAUGAGAUACAGUGCUACUUUUUGAAAGGGUAUUGUUGUUGUAUUAGGAUUGUCAUAUGAGCAGAAAGCUCAUAGUGAUCUAAUCAUUAUGAAUGUGUUAAUGAACUGUGAAUGCAGGGAUCCAAUCACUGUCCUGAUCUGGUGGUUGGUUAUCUGAUUAUCAAAUAUAGAGCAGCCUGUAAAGCUAUUGGACAAUGUUUUUGUUGUUUUACUCUGUAGAGAAAUAUUGCACCUUGCUGCAAACAACUCUUUUCACCUCAUCUGAAAGAUUAGGGUGAAGGGUGGAGAUUCAGGGACUGUGAGGUGUUGUAAUGUUGCUGGACCUGGGCAGCACCAGUGCCAUUCAGAUGGUCUUCAGUGGCUAUCAGGGUCUUGAUAUGUGCCAUUAAUGUAUUUCCCCACAUCACACUGCCACCACAGAUAUGUGCUGAAACUAAACAUGAUGGCUCAGAGUUGUCAUCAUUGCAUCAACCUGAUACAAAAGGAACCAGGCAAGUUUUUCUACUUUCCAGUUUUGAUGUUCUUGUAUCUACUGGAGUUCUUGAUCUUCAUUGACCACGUUUGCAACUGACAUGGACUUCAGCUGUCCCGAAGCUGAUUAUUGGACAUUAUAGGAGAAGUUAGGCCUGGCAUGCCUAGUCCCAACUAUCAUGCCAAUAAGUUAAUCAAGAAGUCAGUAAGGUAACUCAUUUUGUGAAAUCCCACUGAGUUGAACUGACCGAUGAUAGAAAGUUCCUCAAUCAUCCUCAAAAAAACCACUUUAUGUCUGAUAAGUUUGAUGCAACGAACAGAGAGGAGAAAAUGUCCCAUUUCCUCAAAGACUGCAAAGAACACAGUGGGUAGGAAACCAAAGAAAGUUAGAGACACUAUUUGGUACAAAUACCUGUUGAUUGUAAAACUAAUCAUUAUUUCACUAUUCCUGUAACCAUAUACAAGUUUGCAUUUGUGUGGUGGCUUAGGAAAACCUUUCACACUGAAAUGUUGACAUUUUCUCAUAUACAAGACUAAAGACUGUUCUGAACUGAAA